CGUACUUCGUACUCUGCUAUGGGAUAUCGCGAUAAAUGCGAUAAAUGCGACAGAUGCGAUAAAUACCCCUUGGCCCUCCAAAGAAUCACAUUACCAUUCUCGGCGCUGUACAUACGCCUUUAAAUUGAAAAGGAAACAGUCUCUAGUCAGUCACUACUUACCAUACAUUAAAAACAUCCGCCAGCAUGUCGUUCCCAACCAGCAUAACGUUCCCAAGCAGCUUGUCAUUGCCAAGUAGCAUAUCACUCCCGAACAUAAGAAUCCCACCUCUACUUACUACUACCUGCGGUGUCGUUGGCUCCGCUGCCCUGCUUUCCCUGCUGUACAAAACCCUGAAGUUGACGUUUAUCUACAUCCGACCAUCUGGCUUGCACCGCUAUGCCCACCCAACACCGGACGGGCAGCCACCCUGGGCCCUGGUCACUGGCGCCUCCGACGGCAUCGGCACCGCGUAUGCCCACGAGCUUGCCGCCAAGGGCUUCAACGUAGUAAUCCACGGCCGCAACCCCGAGAAGCUGCGCCGCGUGCUCUCGCAGCUGCAAGCGGCGUUCCCCCAACGGUCCUUCCGGAUCCUCGUCGCGGACGCCAGCACCGUCGCCUGCGUCGUGGGGCACUCGCAGCACGACGGCAGCAAGACGCUGGACUUCGACGCCAUCGCGCGCGAGCUCGACGACAUCAACCUCACCGUCCUCGUCAACAACGCCGGCGGCGGCGCCACCAACCCGCGCUUCCUGCCCCUGAGCGCCUCGUCCGAGGAGCGCAUCACGGGCAACGUCAGCCUCAACGGCCUGUUCCCGCUGCACCUGACGCGCGCGCUGCUGCCGAACCUGACGCGCCACCAGCCCUCGCUCGUCAUCAACAUGAGCUCGAUGGGCGACGGCGGAUUCCCGCUCAUCGCGGUCUACUCCGCCAGCAAGGCGUUCUUCAUGACGGCCACGCGCUGCCUGCGCCUCGAGAUGAAGAUGGAGGGCCGCGCCGCGGUCGAGAUCCUGGGAAUCCGGGUCGGCCGCGUCACGGGCGCGAGCGACUGCAAGGAGCCGCCGACGGCUUUCUUGCCGAGCACGCAGACGAUGGCGAGGGCCGCGCUCGCGAGGGCGGGCCACGACAACGGCGUCGUCGAGGGGUACUGGGCCCAUGCGCUGCAGGAGGUCGCGUCGAGUGUGCUGGCGGCGCUGCCGAGGUGGGUCCAGGAUAAGGUGUCGAUGGACGUCAUGCAUAAGAUGAGGAGAGCGGAGAGCGAGGAGUUGAAGGAGGCUUGAUGAGAUGCUGCGAUAGGUGGCGUUUUUUUGCUGUUGGUGCUUGCCGCACGGCCUUGCGUAUACUAUCCCCCAUGUAGAUUUGGCGUCAUCUAUGGUAUAUGAUACCAGAUUAAGUGGUCUUGAGAUCUUUUAUUAGUAGUUGUGCUCGGAGGAGAGUGUUUUUUGAUACCUAUCAGUCCCACUAGUCGCCUAACCUAGUAGACUUUAAGAGCUUAAUGCAUAUAUUGCCUUUAUUUCAGGUUUAUUUCCUC